CGAGCCUGCGUGAUGAGGAGUGUGGCGCGCGCCGGUCUGCUUGCGCAUGCCCAGUGCUUGAAAGCUGAUGCAAGAAACGGGAGCCGCACGGAGGAAGGAGAGAUAGGUAGUGAGUGGUGAAUUCAGACUAAUAAUACAAAACUUGCAGUUAAUACACACAAGCAAAACAGUCAUGUCUGGAGACGAGAUGAUUUUUGACCCCAACAUGACCAAGAAGAAGAAGAAGAAGAAGAAGCCCUUCAUGCUGGAUGAGGAGGGGGGAGAGAUGCCCAGUGAGGACACCCAGCCAGCUGAGGCCAAGGAGGCUGAGCCCGAGGCCGUGGAGGAGGAUUGCGAUGUGGAUGAUGAUGACAGCAGAAAGAAAGAAGCAUCGUAUGAUCUGGAUGACUUGAUCUUUUUCAAUCAGAAGAAAAAGAAGAAGAAAAUUAAAAAGAAAUUUGACGAUGAAGGAGAGCAAAGCUUGACGGCCGGUGUGAUGGAUAUUAAAAUCGAGGGAGAGCCGACGGAAGCGGUAGAUGAUGACAACGACCUCGACCUGAUGCUGCCCGACAAGAAGAAGAAACCCAGGAAAGUUGUUUUUCAAGACGAGGGUGAAAUGCAGGACAGAGAAGCACUGGAUGAUGAUGAAGAAGGGAAGAAUAACGAUGGCAUCACGUUCGUUUCUCAGUCUGGACCUGCCUGGGCUGGCACCGAGCGAGACUACACCUAUGAUGAGCUACUGUAUCGCGUGUUUAAUAUCAUGAGAGAAAAAAACCCGGACAUGGUCGCUGGAGAAAAGAGGAAGUUUGUCAUGAAACCACCCCAGGUGGUGAGAGUGGGGACGAAGAAAACUUCAUUCGUCAACUUCACAGAUAUCUGCAAACUGUUGCAUCGUCAGCCGAAGCAUCUCCUGGCGUUUUUAUUGGCUGAGUUGGGUACAAGCGGGUCUAUAGACGGCAACAACCAGCUUGUCAUCAAGGGAAGAUUCCAACAGAAACAGAUCGAAAACGUCUUGAGGAGAUACAUCAAGGAGUAUGUGACCUGCCACACUUGCCGGUCCCCAGACACCAUCCUGCAGAAAGACACCCGUCUGUAUUUCCUGCAGUGCGAGACGUGCCACUCGCGCUGCUCUGUGGCCAGCAUCAAGACUGGCUUCCAGGCCGUCACGGGCAAGAGAGCUCAGCUCCGCGCCAAGGCCAACUAGUGCGCUAGCGAACUGGAUCCCUUCCUCGUGUGUGGGGGUGGCGAAGGCACAGGAGUGACCUGGGUGGACUAUUUUACAAACUGUGGGUGGGUUUUAAGCAGCUUAAAGAGCAUGGCAACUGACAAAGGAUUGUGGUGUAUUCUGUGAAGCGCUCUCCGUAGUUCAUUGUGUGAUUUCUGCACAUCUGUGUUGCUGCCAUCAUCUUUCCAUUCUGCUUGCAAGGAAUUUUUUUUUUUUUUAAAUGGGGUAACAUCGUGAACUUGAAUUGUCAACACCUAGCAUUUUUUUUUCUACUUGCCUGUUACCCCUAAUAAAACAAUGACAAAAAAAACA